UUAUGAGUUCUCGUGUAAAUCUCGCGUGAAUUUGCGAGACUUUACCCAAAAGGUCACUUGGGGUCAGGACUGGAGGAUGGCAGGAUACGAAGAAGAAGUUGUCAAGUUUGCCGUGUUUUCACGGGUUAUGCUGAUUCUGUGGCAGAUGGUCAGCAACAACCUGAUCCCAGACCAUGAUGCGGGAGUCUUCAACCCACCUGUCAGACAUCCUGUAGGAAUUGGGGACCAGUUCAUGGAUGUACUCUUCGGUGGCUUCUCACAUUGGGACUCCGCACACUUCCUGUACAUAGCAGACAAUGGCUACACCAUUCAGAAACAUUUCGCCUUCUUCCCGUUAUUCCCAACCACAGUGAAAACCGUUUCAGAGACCGUCCUCUUCCCACUGCGUUUUUUCAUGAAUGGCCACAGUGCACUACUUGUUACAGCUGUUGCUGUGAAUGUGCUGUUCUUUGUAGCAGCAGCAUUUGUGCUGUUCAGACUGUCCAUCAUGACGCUACAUGACAGACAGCUGGCCCUAAGGACAGCGUUGCUGUUCUGUAUCAACCCUGCCGGUAUCUUCAUGUCGGCUGCGUACUCUGAAUCGUUAUUUGCCUUUGUGAGUUUUUACGGGAUGCUAGCCAUGGAGCGAAAGCAGUAUCUACCUGCAACCUUAUUGUUUGCAUUGUCAAGCACAACCAGGUCCAAUGGAAUUGUCAACUGUGGGUUUGUUGUAUUCUUCACAGCAAAAGAACUGAUGUCCAAAUUGAGACUCCCUUUAACAGAGUUCAGUUUACAAGAUGUUCUGUUUAUAGUAUUAAAAUUGAUAUCAACUGUUUGUUACAUAUCAGCUAUUCUAGCACCCUUUGUGGCAUUCCAGUAUCAUGCAUAUCAUCUCUACUGCGGUGACUUUAAAAGAGAGAAGGCUCUGGUUCUGUGGCAUCCUUUAUUUCCCACAGACAAUGAGGAGUAUUUGCCACCAGGAAGUACCACCAUCCCCCCAUGGUGUAACUGGACAGUCCCCAGUGCAUACUCCUACAUACAAGACUCCUUUUGGGACGUGGGAUUCCUCCGCUACUAUCAGCUCAAACAGAUCCCGAACUUUAUCCUCGCUGCUCCGAUGAUAGCACUGUGUGGAUUUGCUGUUUACAGUUAUUGUAGAGUCAACUGGAGUCUCUGUAGAACACUGGGGCUGGGUGCUGAGAGGAAGGAAGAUGAUGAGAAACCAAGAACUGGUUUCAACAGUCCGCAGGUGUUUGUUUACAUCGCCCACCUGAGCUUUCUUCUACUGUUUGGUGUCACCAACAUGCAUAUACAGGUAGUGACAAGGUUCCUAGCUUCAUCAAGCCCUGUUAUCUACUGGUUUGCAGCCCACCUCACCAGAGAUGAUCCUCAGCAUUCCAAAACAAACCCUGCUGCAUCUGAAAAUACUGUGUACCCAACUAACCCAGUGCUGCAGCAGAUUCACAACUGGAAGUCAGCUAGAAGAACUACCCAAGCAGUUCUGGGUUAUUUUCUUUUCUAUAAUGUUGUUGGAGUUGCUCUGCAUAGUAACUUCUUCAACUGGACAUAGUGACUUUGACUAGAAUAUACAUGUGUGAUGUAUACGGUUACCGUAGUUAGAUGUCAGUGUUGUGCAAAUGUAGGUACUACAUUUUGUUGUACCUGUUUUGUAAAAGAUGUGUAAUUUUCAUAAAAAGGUAUCUGAUUCUGUUGCAUUGUGUCCAUAGUAGGCUCCACAGUCCAAGGAAGUUACCACAGGUUUGUAAAUAAAAGAAAUACUCAGCCACUCUGAGUUACAUCAGACUAAAACAACAAUAUAUUAUACAUUGCUUUUUUUAUUUCUGAGUAUACAAAGUACACAGUCAAAGGUAUUAUUCUGGAAGAGUCUUAGUUAACUGGUUGUAUGUGUUACGACUGAAUCCAGGCAUAUACUGAGGCACAACACAGAAGUGACACAUGCUGUAAUUUAAGGCAAGGUGCUUCAUCAAUAGCAUUGCAAACAUCUUUUUGGUCCAAUUCAUCUUUAAAGUGACCUAAACAAAUUCAAAGGCAACUCUAAUAAAUGGUCUUUGAUUUUCAUGGUCUUAUCAGAUACCUCACAAUUGCUUUGCAAGCCAUUUGGGCACUAUGAUGUGAUGUUUUGGUCUUGAACUGUUUGGAUAAACUUAUAAAGAAUGAAAGGCUGAAGGAAUUUUGAGCACCAAUCUUUUUUGUCAAUUCUACCUCCUAGUUGAGCAUGGCUGAGAUGUUAACAAAAUGCUGUGAAAUAGCUGAAAGAAAAACAUUAUUGCUGGAAUGACCCGAUGAACAACUAUGACCAGUAUGAGUUGGCCUUGACAAUGCAAAUCAUUAAACA